UGAAUUUUGGUUUGGACUCUUCAAAAAAGUCAGCAUGAUAAAUUCUUGUUCCAGAUAAAAAGACUUGAAACAGACAUGAUGAUUAAAGGCAAUGCAAAAAUCUCCUCUGGAUCCUCAGUCCUGGAGCAGUGGGCAGAGAGCGGGUUCCCAGGAAUCAGGCCGACCUGGGCACGAGUUUCCGCUCAGCAGCUCACCAGCUCUGAGACCUGGGUUGGGUCCUUUUGCUUCUCGUAGCCUCAGUCUCUCCAUCUGUAAGUGGGAGAAUAGCCACCCACGAGACAAGGAAGUUGACAACAGAUGUCGCCUAUAAAUUGGGGAGCACAGUGCCCAGUGCAGGGCGAGGUCCCAGUGAUAGCAUCUCCUUACCGUGGCUGAUUGUGUAUUUUGACUAAGCGCCAGAGUGGACUCAUGGCCCUCACCAGAAGAAGGAGUGGCUCUGGGAUUCUCUGAUGCCCAGCUCACAGCAGCUUCCCAGAGGUCACAUGUGCACCGACGUGGGCUCAUAGAACUGGCAGGGACUGUGCACUGUGCUGGCAUCCGCACCGCCAUGGCCUACAUGAACUACGGCUGCUAUUGUGGCCUGGGUGGCCAUGGCCAGCCCAGGGAUGCCAUUGACUGGUGCUGUCAUUCCCACGACUGCUGCUACAAACGUGCCGAGGUUGCUGGCUGCAGUCCCAAGAUGGAGCGCUAUUCCUGGCACUGUGUCAAUCAGCACAUCCUGUGUGGACCAGUGGAGGACAAAUGCCAAGAACUCAUGUGCAAGUGUGACCGGGAGAUUGCUUACUGUUUAGCCAAAACUGAGUACAACUUAAAGUACCUCCUUUACCCCCGUUUCUUGUGUGGGAAGGAUUCGCCCAAGUGUGACUGACUAGCAUGACUUGAAAUGUCUUUUUUGCACAAGGAAAUAAAACUUCUUUUUGCGGAUCAACAGCCUUAUUCAGUUCUUUGCAGGAGGAAG